AAUGUGCGAAGAAUUUUCUGUCACGCUCGCGUCCAUGGCUUCGUCUGCUUCCCACCACGUCGUCCUCGUGCUCCUCCUCAUCCCUCACCUGGCGGCCGCCGCCUCCAGCCCGUCGGCUAGCCUCGCCGGCGACCUCCUGGGCACGGCGCGCGAUCCGGGCUUCGCCGAGUGGAUGCGCGGCCUGCGGCGCCGCAUCCACCGGCACCCGGAGCUGGCGUUCCAGGAGCACCGCACCAGCGAGCUCGUGCGCGCCGAGCUCGACGCCCUCGGCCUCUCUUACGCCUGGCCCGUCGCCCGGACAGGCGUCGUGGCCACAAUCGCCGGCGGCGGCGGCGCCGGCCCCGUCGUCGCGCUCCGAGCGGACAUGGACGCGCUACCCGUUCAGGAAAUGGUGGAUUGGGAGUACAAGAGUCAGGAAGAUGGAAAGAUGCAUGCUUGUGGGCAUGAUGCCCAUGUCACGAUGCUACUUGGAGCUGCUAGAUUACUUCAAUCACGGAAGGAUGACUUGAAGGGUACUAUCAAGCUUGUGUUCCAGCCAGCAGAAGAGGGGUAUGCUGGGGCCUAUUUCGUUCUAAAAGAAGGUGUCCUGGAAAAUGUCUCAGCCAUCUUCGGCUUGCAUGUCAUCCCGGAUCUUCCAGUAGGCGUCGUGGCAUCCCGGCCUGGGCCAUUCCUUUCAGCUGCAGCAAGGUUCACCGCGACACUCACCGGGAAAGGCGGGCACGCCGGUGGCCCUCACGACACCAUUGAUCCUGUGAUCGCCGCGGCCUCUGCAAUCCUCAGCCUCCAGCAACUCGUCUCCCGGGAAACCGAUCCUCUUGAAGCUGCUGUGGUAUCUGUGACAUUGCUGAAAGGAGGUGAAGCUUACAAUGUCAUCCCGGAAUCGGUGACGAUCGGUGGCACCUUCAGAAGCAUGACGGAUCAAGGCCUAUCAUAUCUCAUGAAGAGGGUCAAAGAGAUCAUAGAAGCCCAAGCCACCGUGAACCGCUGCGCCGCCACCGUCGACUUCCUAGAGGAGGAUCUCCGGCCGUACCCAACCACCGUCAACGACGAGCUGAUGUACGCCCAUGCCAAAGAGGUAGCCGAGGGCAUGCUCGGGGAGGCCAAUGUCAAGAUUCGUCCCCAGACCAUGGGCGGCGAGGACUUUGCGUUCUACGCGCAGAGAGCGGCGGGCGCCUUCUUCAUGAUCGGCGUCGGCAACGAGACCACCAUGGAGAAGGUGCGCCCGGUGCACUCCCCGUACUUCGUCAUGGAUGAGGAGGCUCUGCCGGUUGGAGCUGCGUUCCAUGCUGCCGUGGCAAUUGAGUAUCUGAACAAGAACCAGUGCGCCUGAAAGUAAGCAAGGAGCUCUUUUGGUCGGAUCAAAGGUGGCGGAUGGAUUUCUUGAAAAGGAAAUGCAAAAUUCUCCUAUUUUGGUAUCAGACCAUGUAUAUGAUCUGGAAUGAAAAGAAAAUCGAACAAACCAUAUACAUGCUGUAAUUAAAUAAUGCUGUAAUUAAAUAUCGAACAAACUUAUAUUUUGGGUCUCCUAGCUUACCCAAAGUCACGCCUUCAAAAA